AUGGGUCAUUCAUUUAAAGAUAAAUUGAAGUCUGUGGGGAGUUUGAGACAGAAAUUGGAAGAAAUCUUGAAAUUAAUGCUGAUGUUAUGGUGUCGACAGAGUCAAAUUAACAGACUUCUAGCUUCAGAACCUAGUGAAAGUGACAAAACAGUGGUGGUGAGACGUGGUAACGAAGAAUUUGGGUUCCGAAUCCACGGUAGCAAGCCAGUAGUCGUGUCAGCGAUCGAACCCGACACACCGGCCGAGACAUCAGGAUUAGAAGUUGGAGAUAUCGUCAUAGCUGUUAAUGGGAUCAAUGUUUUAGAUAAAACACAUUCUGAAGUAGUGAAGAUUGCGCAUUCUGGGUCUGAAAUACUUGAAUUAGAGGUCGCAAGGACAUGCGAGGUAGUAGCAUCUCUCGCUCAUGAGGGUGGCCCCGCUGCAUUGUACUCAGGCUAUCUAUGGAGAGCUGCGCCCAUUAAACCUCAUCAUCCCCCACGUUGGACAAGGCGCUGGUUCGUGUUGAAGAGAGACAACUGCCUGUAUUAUUAUAAAACAGAUUCUAGUAUCCAUCCAGUGGGAGCCCUUAUGCUUGUGAAUUAUCAACUCAUCGAAGAAGAUGCAGGGAGGCCAAACGGGUUCCGUCUACACCGAGGUGGGGGAGUGCGAUUACAACUCGCUGCCGACACCGCUGAAGCAUCCGCUAGAUGGCGCGCUGUCCUCGCUCAUGCUAUUGACGCUAGUAAUCAGCGAGAUGGUUGGCUCGAAGUAACCAUGCGGAAUAUGAAACUGCCACCAUCGUCGAUCCCCAGGCCAGAUUGCUUCGGUUAUCUAAUGAAACUUGGCUCCAAAUGGAAAUCUUGGGCCAAGCGUUACUGCGUACUCAAAGACGCCUGCCUUUACUUCUAUAAUGAUGGGAAUAGCAAAAAUGCAUUUGGUAUGGCAUGUCUUCACGGCUACAGAAUACAGACAUGCGCGCCAGGUGGGAAGAAAUUCGCGUUUGAAGUUAUGCCUACAGAACCUAAGCAAAGACAUUUUUACUUCCACACUGAGUCAGAGAUGGAUAGGAAACGAUGGAUGGCGGCUUUGGAGUACUCCAUAGACAGGUGGAUGAAGGCUGGUUGA